CCGGGACGUGUCUGGGACCGUGAGUUCGAGUCCCGCCGCAGGCCCCCGGGCCGGCACCGCAGCGGGGUCCCCGCGCGCGGCAAGCACUUAGCCAGGAGUUCGCGAGGAGUUGGGGCUGCGGCCCCCCGCCCGCCGCCGCCAUGCCCGUCUUCCACACCCGCACCAUCGAGAGCAUCCUGGAGCCCGUGGCGCAGCAGAUCUCGCACCUGGUCAUCAUGCACGAGGAGGGCGAGGUGGACGGCAAGGCCAUCCCGGACCUCACCGCCCCGGUGGCCGCUGUGCAGGCUGCCGUCAGCAACCUGGUCCGGGUUGGAAAAGAGACUGUGCAGACAACUGAAGACCAGAUCUUGAAAAGGGACAUGCCACCAGCAUUUAUCAAGGUGGAGAAUGCCUGCACUAAACUUGUCCAAGCAGCCCAGAUGCUACAAGCAGAUCCUUAUUCAGUACCUGCUCGUGAUUAUCUCAUUGAUGGAUCAAGAGGCAUACUUUCUGGAACAUCAGACUUGCUUCUGACUUUUGAUGAGGCUGAGGUCCGUAAAAUCAUCCGUGUCUGCAAGGGAAUUUUGGAAUAUCUAACUGUGGCAGAGGUGGUGGAGACUAUGGAGGAUUUAGUGACAUACACAAAGAAUCUGGGGCCAGGAAUGACAAAAAUGGCAAAAAUGAUUGAUGAAAGACAACAGGAAUUGACUCAUCAGGAGCACAGAGUCAUGUUGGUGAAUUCCAUGAACACUGUGAAGGAGCUAUUGCCAGUCCUUAUUUCAGCUAUGAAGAUUUUUGUAACUACUAAAAAUUGUAAAAGUCAAGGGAUAGAAGAGGCCUUGAAAAACCGUAACUUCACAGUAGAGAAGAUGAGUGCUGAGAUAAAUGAAAUCAUCCGUGUGUUGCAACUCACUUCCUGGGAUGAGGAUGCCUGGGCUAGCAAGGACACUGAAGCCAUGAAGAGAGCUUUGGCCUUAAUCGAUUCCAAAAUGAACCAGGCAAAAGGAUGGCUAAGGGAUCCUAAUGCACCAGCAGGUGAUGCUGGUGAGCAAGCAAUAAGGCAAAUUCUUGAUGAAGCUGGAAAAGUGGGAGAACUGUGUGCAGGCAAAGAGCGCAGAGAGAUUCUGGGAACUUGUAAAAUGCUGGGCCAGAUGACUGAUCAAGUAGCUGAUCUCCGAGCCAGAGGACAAGGUCCUACACCAAUGGCCAUGCAGAAAGCACAGCAAGUGUCUCAAGGUCUGGAUUUGUUGACAGCAAAAGUGGAAAAUGCAGCCCGUAAACUGGAGGCCAUGACUAACUCUAAGCAGGCGAUUGCUAAAAAAAUAGAUGCUGCUCAGAACUGGCUUGCAGAUCCUAAUGGGGGCAGUGAAGGAGAAGAACAUAUUCGUGGAAUUAUGGCUGAAGCCAGGAAAAUUGCAGAACUUUGUGAGGAACCCAAGGAAAGAGAUGACAUUCUGCGCUCCUUGGGGGAAAUCUCUGCUCUGACUGCCAAGCUGUCAGAUCUACGAAGACAUGGGAAAGGAGAUUCUCCAGAGGCCCGUGCAUUGGCUAAGCAGAUAGCCACAUCACUGCAGAACUUACAGUCUAAAACUAACAAAGUUGUAGCAAACACUAGGCCAGUUAAGGCUGCAGUCCAUUUGGAGGGCAAGAUUGAACAAGCUCAAAGGUGGAUUGACAAUCCAACAGUUGAUGAUCGUGGAGUGGGCCAGGCUGCAAUCCGAGGACUGGUUGCUGAAGGUCGUCGUUUAGCCAAUGUUAUGAUGGAACCCUAUCGUCAAGAUCUGCUUGCCAAAUGUGACCGUGUAGAACAGCUGGCUGUCCAGCUUGCUGAUCUGGCAGCUAGAGGAGAAGGAGAGUCUCCUCAGGCAAGGGCCAUUGCUGCCCAACUCCAGGACUCCUUGAAGGAUCUGAAAACAAGGAUGCAGGAAGCAAUGACUCAGGAAGUUUCUGAUGUCUUCAGUGACACUACAACUCCUAUUAAACUAUUGGCAGUGGCAGCCACAGCACCUCCUGAUGCACCCAAUAGAGAUGAGGUAUUUGGUGAAAGAGCAGCGAACUUUGAAAACCAUGCUGCUAGACUUGGAGCUACAGCAGAAAAAGCAGCUGCUGUGGGAACUGCUAAUAAAACUACUGUGGAAGGCAUUCAAGCAACUGUGAAAUCAGCGAGAGAACUUACACCUCAGGUAGUAUCAGCUGCUCGUAUUCUGCUAAGAAAUCCUGGCAAUCAAGCUGCUUAUGAACAUUUUGAGACCAUGAAAAAUCAAUGGAUUGAUAAUGUGGAAAAAAUGACAGGGUUGGUGGAUGAAGCAAUUGAUACCAAGUCUCUGUUGGAUGCAUCAGAAGAAGCCAUCAAGAAAGACCUUGAUAAAUGUAAAGUUGCAAUGGCUAAUAUCCAACCUCAGAUGCUUGUAGCCGGUGCCACCAGCAUUGCUCGGAGGGCCAAUCGGAUCUUACUGGUGGCAAAACGGGAGGUUGAAAAUUCGGAGGAUCCCAAAUUCCGGGAAGCUGUUAAGGCAGCCUCUGAUGACCUCAGCAAAACUAUAUCGCCAAUGGUAAUGGAUGCUAAAGCUGUAGCGGGGAACAUUUCUGACCCGGGUUUGCAGAAGAGCUUUCUGGAUUCUGGAUAUAGGAUUCUGGGAGCUGUAGCAAAAGUCAGGGAAGCCUUCCAGCCUCAAGAACCUGAUUUCCCCCCUCCUCCACCAGACCUUGAGCAGCUUCAUCUAACUGAUGAACUUGCUCCUCCGAAACCACCCCUUCCUGAGGGUGAAGUUCCCCCACCCAGACCACCUCCUCCAGAAGAGAAGGAUGAAGAGUUCCCAGAGCAGAAGGCUGGAGAAGUGAUUAAUCAACCCAUGAUGAUGGCUGCUAGGCAGCUACAUGAUGAAGCCCGAAAAUGGUCCAGCAAGGGUAAUGACAUCAUUGCUGCUGCCAAAAGAAUGGCUCUGCUAAUGGCAGAGAUGUCCCGCCUUGUGAGAGGUGGCAGUGGGACCAAGCGUGCCCUUAUUCAAUGUGCGAAAGAUAUUGCAAAAGCAUCAGAUGAAGUAACUCGGUUGGCCAAGGAGGUGGCAAAGCAGUGCACUGACAAACGUAUUAGAACCAACCUCUUGCAGGUCUGUGAGCGAAUCCCAACCAUCAGCACACAACUCAAAAUCCUCUCUACUGUCAAAGCUACCAUGCUGGGCAGAACUAACAUCAGUGAUGAAGAGUCAGAACAGGCUACUGAAAUGUUGGUUCAUAAUGCCCAGAACCUUAUGCAAUCUGUAAAGGAGACCGUGAGAGAAGCAGAAGCAGCAUCUAUUAAGAUUAGAACAGAUGCUGGAUUCACCCUUCGCUGGGUUAGAAAGACUCCCUGGUAUCAGUAAACAGCCAUCACACAGUAUUGUAUCCUGUAACAUAAAUGCCUUUCUUUUUUUUUUCUUUUUUUCUUUUUUUUUUUUUUUUUGAAGCAGCAGAGAAUUUUUUUACCAGCAAACAGUGCUGUAAACAUGAGCUUAAAAUUAGCUCGUGCCAGUGUCCCGUUUUGAGGGGAAAAAAAAGGAAUAUGCAUUUUAAGUCUUUGAAAAGCAUUUGGUAUCCAACAUCUCACAAUUGCUUCCAAAAUGGUGAUAGCUUUUUAUUUUACUUGCUUUUGAAGAUAUCUCUUCAUGGCUUCUAUAAUCCCAGAAACACACUUCAUUUAUGCACUGUGUAUUGCAGUAGUUUCCAUGGGGUGGUAUGAAACAUGGACCUCACUUUCACUUGAAUUGGAAGUCCGGAACACUAACAGUGUUACUUAGCUGUUUUGGGGAGAGGGAAUGUGGAAAAAUUAGCAAUGACAUAAACAAAUUAGCUUUGCAGUAAGUUUUUAGCUGGCUGUUCUUGCAUAAUGCAAAAGUGUUAAGAGGUGUGUAAUCAAGUUAGUUUUCACAUGAAUGAUCCCUUUUUUUGCUGGUGUGGGGAAGGAAUCUCAUUGCUAAAACAAUCUCUUAUGCUGCUACUUUUUUGCCUAGCUACAAUUCCCUAGGCCGGCUGUAUUCAUAUACUUCCCAUUGCCACUAGCAGGCAAGCUGGAAUAUGAACUGUUAUACUAAACUGAUUGGCAAUGGAGGUUUGUAGCACUUGGGUGAUAGCUUAACCUUUUCUGGUUUCAGAGGCCUUAAAAAUUAAAGAGCUCUUCUCCUUGCCAUCCCCUAUGGUAGAGUAUUGAGCUGAAAAUGUGGAGUCUACUGGGCUAGAUGAAUCUGUCAGUCAGUUGUAUUCAAAGCAGCUUUGUAUGGGCAAAGUGCUUGAAUAGAAAAUAAAUGUAUGCUAGGUCCUCCCCAUUGAAAUCCAAGUAUUCUAGUCAUCCAAGGCAGAGAGGGCAGGUGGAAAGAUGAUGCUCAGUUUCCAUAACGCUUUGCUCCCUGCCCUGAACUCCAUGAUGGACUAGCACCAUACUGGCAUUUUUCAGGCUAAGCAAAGGGAGGGCAAGUCUCGUGCAGUCUGUUGGCAUAUAAAUCUCUUGAGAAGUUUUUUUUUUUCAAAACUGGGCCAUACAACUUAUUUUAUAGACUGCAAUCCUAUAUCCCCAGUCCUGCUACUAACUAAUAGAAUCAAAUGUUAAAUUGUCUUUAUACCCUUAUAUUAAGAAAUAGCUAUUUUUAUGCUACCAUAAUGUUACGUGACUUCUUUUUUAACACGAUCAUGAUAGCUGCUCUAUAAUUGUAUUCUUUUGGCAUUUAAGAAAGGAAAAACAAGUUACUAACAUUUGUUAGUCAGAAAGGGCCAUUAUGUAUUUGCAAAGAAUACUUGCAAGUUUAUUAUGCAUACCAGCAUUGACAGCAUAAUGGCACCUUAGUUUCCAUUUGGAAAAGGAGGACAAAUGCCUCAUGCUCAAUCCACCUUUAAGCAAGUGCCCUUGCUGAUGAACAUUGAUUUAGAUACAGUCAACAGCCCAAAGGAGAGGAAGUGGUAUAGGAACAGACACCUUUUACAUCUGUCUGCUACAUUUACUGUACCCUUACCAAUUUUUCUCUCUCCUUUGUACUAUUUUUCUAAAAGGGAAAUUCAGAUAUUUGAGCUACAUUAUAAUAAGCUGCCUCAAUGACCUUAGCAAGAGAAAGCACUUGUUCAUCCUUAUUUCACUCCUUUUGUCUGGGUAUUACAGAACACACAGUACUUAGGAUCCUUUCUUGGAUUUCUCCAGUAACUACCUUCAACAGAAGGGUGGAGUGAGUCAGAGCCUUAACCCCAGUAUCUUGCUUUGGUUUAUAUCAGACUUUUAACCCUAUUGUAAUGUAGUCAUUUGUAUUUAAUAGUAAACAACACUGAACAGGGAAGAGACACCUUUGAGGGUCUUCUGACUAGUCUUCCUGUAUUUUGUUUUAAAUCCCCUAUAAUUCAGGCAUCUCUGUGAGAGUUUUAGCACCACUGUUUAGUUGCUUGAUUGAUAUUAAUGCAAUAUUACUAAUGCCUUUAAAUACAUAAUGGUUUAUGCCAAAGAUCACUCUUUGUUUUAAGGAAUGUGUGGGGAAGAGUUGAUUGAUGUUUGCCUUUGAUAUUUCUUCAGAAUGUUUGCUAUCUAUGUUCUUAGAGGAACUAUUUUGCAGGAGCUGAGGUACUGUACACCUUAUGCAAUCUGUGCUUUCUUGAACACUAUUGGUCCUCAGACCUACAAUGAAGCAAAAAUUUGAAAAUGACCUUGAAUGUUGGUUAGAAAUGUUUUACCACUAGAGAACUUUGUUUAUAAACCAAAAUGUGUUGUAUAUUCUAAUAUUUUCAACUUUUGUUCUUUUGUUCUGUUAAAACAAAAUAAAACUGCAUUUGUACAAA